ACUAAGUGAUCACAUCAUUAUCAUAGCCAUCAUGUUUAGCAACAUCUUUACAUUUAUGAUACCGUCGUUGUCGUCGACAUCAUUAUUAUCAUAAUAUCAUCAUCAUUAUCAUUAUCAUCACCACCAGCAACCUACUACAAUAACAAUAACCACACCGCCGCUGUCGCAAUCCCUGACGCCGUUUCCGUCACCGACAACGAUAACAAGGAAGGUUCCUCAAUGCAGUUGCUCUUCCUGCUAGAAAUAGCAACCGAAUUUUCUUCAAACUGUUGUAUCUGAAAGGUUUUUUUUUUUUUAUAGGAAGUGUUCAUUAGAUGUGACCCUGUAGACUACUGCCUAAAAGUAGAAAAGCAAAAACAAAAACAAAAGCAUUUUAAGACAAAAACAGUUAAGCAUGGUAGUCAUGGCCGGUAUGCCUGUGAUCAUAGGUCUGCUCGAUUAGGGCUGAUCUAGAGUUGAUCGGCAACAAAAGCAACAGCGUUUCCAUCUUACCGCCUCCAUCUUAGCGUCUCCAUCUUACCGCCUCCAUCUUACCACCACCACGACGACCACCACGACGACCACCACGACCACCACCACGACCACCACCACGACCAACACGACCACCACGACCACCACCACCGCCGCCGCCGCCAUCAUCAUCAUCAUCAUCAUCAUCAUCAUCAUCAUCACCAUCAUCGUCGUCACUAUCAUCGUAUUCAACAACUACAAAUACUGACAAGGACGACAUAAUUUCAGAAGAAAACAUUAACCUUGCCGUUGAUUUAUGAAAUUCCGUCGUCUCCUGAUCCACCCCACUCUCUUCCGCUUUCACCCCGUCCUCCUCCUCCUCCUCCUCAUCAUCAUCAUCAUUGCCAUCAUCCUCACUUGACGUACACAAAUGGAUUCGUCAAUGUCUUACUGGUCUAUUGUGAUCGCCCUCAAUUGGUUUUUUCACGGGACCCUUUCAACAACGACAGGGACCCCCAGUGUAAACAACAAUAGUACCAACAACACCGACACCAGCAGCGACAUCAUAGAGAUCAAAGUCGGCGUACUCGGACUGGAUUAUGAUGGCUACCCUUUCAGUAUAGACCGAAUAGGUCCGGCUAUCGAACAGGGUAUCGAACGGGUCAACAGUGACAUGCUUAAUUCCAGUUUCAAAUUGACACCUGUUAUCAAAGUCUACGGCCAUUAUUGCGCUACAGGCAAAGCACCAGGCAUGGCAGCCGAGUUGUUCUACCAUGAUAAAAUCGUAGCAUUCAUUGGUCCUGCUUGCACAUAUGCUGUCGAACCGACCAGCCUCAUGGCAUCGUAUUGGGAUAUUCCAUUAAUUACAGGUCUUGGUGAUAACGGAAAGUUCAAAAACAAAACCAUUUAUACAACGAUGACCCGGAUGUCGUUUUGCCAGUGUAGAAUCCGCCGAGUGCUCUCCAGUGUCUUCCACUAUUACCAUUGGAAAAAUAUUUCACUUAUAUAUGACGUCAGUGACGCUAAUUCGGAUGUGUUGGGAAACAGCUUGAAAGACGGUCUUGUGAAGUCUGGCUUCGAACCGAACGUUAUUUCUUUCAACGGAAUUUUUAACACUAGCUUACGUUAUUAUUUACAGUCAGCAUCUAGUAGAUCCAGAAAAUUUGAGAAGAACGUGAAAGAAGUAGCUGAAAGAAAAUAUAACUUCACCUUCGGAGAAGAAAAGGCAAAUUAUCUCAUUGGUACUUUUUAUGAUUCGGCAAUUUUGUAUGGUUAUGCUCUUAACGAAACACUUGAAAGUGGUAGAAACAUUCGAAAUGGUACCGACGUCACUAGAAGAAUGUGGAAUCGUAAUUUUACAGGUAUAACUGGAGAAGUGGUUGUUGAUGAUAACGGAGACCGAGAAUCAAGUUUCUCAAUUCUGGAUAUGAAUCCUAUCACUGGAAGAUUUCAGGUGAGUUUAACCAGCUAUAUUAUGAGCAGAUUGAUUAUUCUUGGAGUUGUAGAGUAUUUGUCGGGAGUAUAA